AUGGCGGCAGAGAGUAGCAGUAAUCGGGGGAAGAAAGAGUCAACGGCGGCACUGUCAAUCUCGCCGCGUGAAAACGACGACGUCGAGGAUCCCGUCAAAUCCUCUCCUAAUUCCCCAAACAACUCCUCCACUAGAAAGGCUUGCUAUGCUGUCCUUCAGAGUUGGGUUUCAAAGAAGUUUAUGACUGGAUGUGUGGUACUCUUCCCAGUUGCUGUUACUUUUUUCAUCACAUGGUGGUUUAUUCAGUUUGUUGAUGGUUUCUUCAGUCCGAUAUAUGAAAGACUUGGCAUUGACAUAUUUGGCCUUGGAUUCAUCACAUCGAUAUUCUUUAUUUUCUUUGUUGGUAUAUUCGCAUCAUCAUGGUUGGGUUCUACCGUUUUCUUGAUAGGGGAAUGGUUUAUAAAGCGAAUGCCGUUUGUGAAACAUAUAUACUCAGCAUCCAAGCAAAUUAGUUCUGCAAUAUCUCCAGACCAGAAUACAACUGCUUUCAAGGAGGUCGCUAUUAUCCGUCAUCCUCGUGUUGGAGAAUAUGCUUUCGGGUUUAUUACAUCUUCAGUAGUUCUUCAGAGAGAUGACGGGGAUGAAGAAUUAUGCUCUGUUUAUGUGCCUACAAAUCAUUUGUACAUUGGAGAUGUCUUUCUGGUUAACUCCAAAGAGAUUAUACGACCCAAUCUAUCCAUUCGAGAAGGCAUAGAGAUUAUUGUUUCUGUGGGGAUGUCAAUGCCUCAGGUCAUUGCUUCUUUAGAGAGCACUACACAUUUGAAUAACAGGAUUCUGACGAGCAGGGUACUGAUAUAG